AUGGAUAAUGAGAGUACUGUGUCUGAGUUCAUCCUCCUGGGGCUUCCCAUUCGAGCAGAGGAUCAAGGCCUGUACUCUGCGCUGAUCCUGGCCAUGUACCUGACCACAGUGCUAGGGAACCUGCUCAUCAUCCUGCUUAUCAGGCUGGACUCUCACCUCCACACCCCCAUGUACUUCUUCCUCAGCCACUUGGCCUUCACAGACAUCUCUUUCUCAUCAGUCACAGCUCCAAAGAUGCUUGUGAAUAUGCUGACACACAGUCAGUUCAUCUCAUAUACUGGAUGCAUUUCCCAGGUGUAUUUUUUCACAGUUUUUGGAACCAUCGAUAGCUUUCUUCUGACUUCCAUGGCCUAUGACAGGUAUGUGGCCAUCUGCCACCCCCUGCACUAUAUUACCAUCAUGAAUCAGAAUCUCUGUGUCUUUCUAGUUGUUGUGUCCUGGGCCUUAUCCUCUGCCAAUUCCCUUGUGCACACUCUUCUCUUGGCUCACCUAUCUCACUUUAGAAACAAUACUGUCCCCCAUUAUUUUUGUGACCUCUCUACCUUGCUAAAACUGUCUAGCUCAGACACCACCAUCAAUGAAUUGGUCAUCCUUGUUUUAGGCAAUGCAGUUAUUUCCCUGCCAUUCAUAUGCAUCCUGGUCUCUUAUGGCCGCAUUGGAGUCACCAUUCUGAAAGCACCCUCCAUCAAGGGAAUCUGCAAAGCCUUGUCCACGUGUGGCUCUCAUCUCUGUGUGGUUUCCUUGUACUACGGAGCCAUAAUUGGACUAUACUGUGUUCCCUCAUCUAAUAACACUAGUGAGAAAAAUGCCAUUGUGGCUAUGAUGUACACUGUGGUCACACCCAUGCUGAAUCCCUUUAUUUAUAGUCUGAGGAAUCGGGAUAUGAAGGGUGCGCUGAGAAAUAUCCUCAGCAGAAUGAAAUAA